GCACAUUUUGACCGACUCAGCAAGAAGGUGGAUUUUCCUUGUGUCUAAAGAGAAAAAAAUGUCCCCGUGUCUGUAGAGAUGCUUUGCAGUUCAGCCCGGCUGAAGCUGACCGAAUGAGACUAUGGGCUGUGCCUCUGCGAAGCAUGUUGCCACUGUUCAAAAUGAAGAGGAAGCCCAGAAAGGGAAGAACUACCAGAAUGGAGACGUGUUUGGUGAUGAGUAUAGGAUCAAACCGGUGGAAGAGGUCAAAUACAUGAAAAAUGGGGCAGAAGAGGAGCAAAAAAUAGCAGCCAGGAACCAAGAAAACUUGGAAAAAAGUGCCAGUUCAAAUGUAAGACUUAAAACUAAUAAAGAGAUUCCGGGAUUAGUUCAUCAACCUAGAGCAAAGCCACCCACAAAGACAGGUUCACUGUCAAGCGGGCACUUCGAGAGUCUGCUGGAAUUACCUCUCUGGCUCAUCCUGCUUCCCACCCUUGGGGCCCUUCACCAGAGCCAGAUUGGAAGCCUGGCAUUUCAUGCCAAUGUGAGCGUGCCAUCUGUGAGGAGAACCUGCCUAGUUAACUCAAGGCCCCACAAAGUGCCGCUGUGUUUGCUGAGUGCCCUGGGUGAGGCCCCAGGGAUGCUUCCCGGACUACCUGAGAGGUUCUACAAAGACUUUGCUCAGCCAAGCCAAGGCCAGAGGCCAGGUCACAGUUGUAAGUCAGAUAUUUCUGUUAGUCUGAUAUUUCUACUCUGCCCGUGUGAAUUUCCAACCCAAUUUUGGUCACAGGAAUGAAAGGACAUCUGAGCAAAGGGCAUUCUAAAGACACGCAUGGUAUUAUUACCUUCCCACUUGUCAAGGGCAGCACAUACAGCCCAGUGUCGACUUCAACUGUUCAGUAAAUGCUUGAGUGCCUAUCACGUGCAAUGUUAACUACAAGACUGGUGGUGGUUGCAUGGCGAUUUUACAUAACGCUUGAGUGUGUAAAAUUCUGGUAAGACUGAGCACAUCUUUACCUUCUCUUCAGAGUCCCCAGUCCUUCUGUGGCAUGAACUUGAAGAUAAAAACUGGUGGUCAAGAGAGCCUCCCAGUGGCUGCUGCGUGGCACAGCAGGACAGGCAGUCCAAAGGGGCUUGACAGCUAGCUGUCAAGUAUUCCCAUAUUUUAGUGCCUUUUUAAGGAACACACAUGCAUACAAAGGGUAGUCCUUUUCAUAUCCCCAAUUUUUCACAUCUCCAUUAUCAUUUCAUUAUUCAUUUCUGUCUUACAUAAUCUGCAGCUUAGUCAAUUCUUUUGGUUUUAAGGUGGGAAGACCUGCCUGUGUCUGUAUCCCUGGGGCUCCUCUAAACCUGCCGGUUUGUGAGAUGAUUUCAUGGUUUCUUUUACAUGUAUCAAAUGUCUACCCUACAAAGAACUGGAUGGAGUUAACAGCUGAGCAAAGAUUAGAGAGGUAAGCUGUGAUUUGUUGUUACCUCUGUAGAAGAGUGUAUAUGCCAUUUGACAAAAAGAAAAAUGUCCAGUUUUAAAGAGUCUGUUUACUCUCUGAUGGGUUAUCAGAUUGACAGCUCAGAUUCGCCCAUGCCCUCCAAACUCUACUGUGUUUUCAAACACGGGUAUUGAGAUUAUAUGUUCUUAGUGAAAUUCGGCUCCCAUUCCCCAGAGAACUCAGCACUCUCUAGUACCCUAAGAACGACUCUCCCCGCAAGGUUCAACUCUCUACUUUAUGGGACUAAUCAGAGGCACUGAAACGACACUGGCAAUCUCUCAACUUCCUCUCACCUUUGUACUGGCAAACUUGGUACACGUGCCGAUAUUCAUUUAUCCCACUUGCCCUCCUGUCUCGGAGGAAGCGAGAUUUCUUUCUUUUCACUGAAGCUAACUCUCCUAUGAAUGCAGUUGAUCCCACCUCACUUCUGCAGAGCACUGUGCCCACAGUUAGUCUCUUUUUGAACAACUUCUCCCUCUCUGUCAGAGGCUUCCUCCAGUGUGAAUGCUUCCAUGUCCCCAGCCUGUCCCCCACUGCCCCUCGACGGCGUCCUCAGGGCUGAGGCCAGCUCCUCAUCUCCCAUCCUCUCCUUAACCCACUUCAGUCAGCCUCCUGCUGCUACCACUCUACAGAGACUACUCUUGCCGUGGUCACCGGUGCCUUCACACAAACCACCCAGAGCUCUUCGUCCCAGAGCUCCACUCCCCAGGCCUUCCCCUCAGAAAUGAAAGAGCACUGCCACACGCCCAGUCGCUGAGACCAAACACCUGCACUUGAGUGUAUCCUGCUCCAAUCUGUUAGAACUUCUUGUUAUCUCUACCUUCACUGGUACCCUGACCGCUUUUCUGUCUGUCACUUCUGACUUGUAUCGCUGCCACUGCCUAACUUCUCUGCCUCCCAACAGACUACAGUCUGUUCUCCCCAAAGCAGCCAGGAGAGCCUCUUAAAUUAAGAGUACUUUAUGCGCCUGCUCCAGAUCUGCCAGAGGUUUCCCAUCAAACAAAUACCUUCUUCCCGUGGCCUGCAAGUUACGAGGCCCUGUGCGGUACGGCCUUGUCCUUCCGUGACCUCAUCACCUAUGCUCUUUCCCUCAUUCCCUGCUCGGAUCACAAUGGCCACCUUGCUUUUCCUUGAACACACAGAACAAGUUCCUGUCUCAGAGCCUUGCACUUGUCCCCUCUGCCCGUAAUGCCAGCGUACCUGAUCUUCCUCAGUUCAGCCACGUCCUGGGUUCAAACAUUACCUCUUUAAAGAGGCUCUUCCUGAGCUUUCUAGUAAGCCCCUCUAAUCACUUUAUCCCUUUACCUUGCUUUCUCUUCAUGGUUUUUACCACUACUUGAAAUAGUCAUCUUUUAAAAAACACUCAUUAAAAAAAAACACUUAUACUUUGCUAUACACCUGAAACUAGCACAACACUGUAAAUCAACUGUACUCCGAUAAAAAAAAAAAAAAAAAAAAAAUUUACGUCUUCCACACUUGCUCCAUAAAGGCAAGAACUUUAUUUAUCCAACUUGUUCUCUCCUCCACCCCCCACAUGUAGAAAAGUGACACAGAGUAGGUAUUCAGUGACAUGGUAUUUAUGACAUGAGCAACUUCUUGGUAGCAUUUAGCGUUUGGACCAUACUCUCCUUCUUGAACCUCUCCUGGUGUCUCUUAGGGUUCUCUGCUGGGUUUCCUACCACUGUAGCCACUCCUCUGGGGAUCUGUCCCUUAAGUGCUGACAGUCCCUACAGAUCUAUCUUCUACCCACUUUUUAUUUUACAUACUUUCUCUGCAUUUGAACAGCUACACUUAAUUCCCUCCCUCUAGCUCAGAUUCAUGCUCCAAUCCCAUAUAUUCAAAUGAUUACUAGACACUGCCAUUCUGCUGUCUCGCAGGUACAUCAAGCUUAACUUGUCUACAAAGAAAUGCCCCUCUUCCAACCCAAACACUCUCCUUCCUGCAUUUCCUAGCUCUCCAUAUGCAAGCACCAUUCCUGCCUCUCUCAAGCAUGUGCUAAGCACUCCAAGUGGCCUGUAGCUCCAAGAAAAGGCCUGUGUCUGAUCCAGUACCCACUGAGGGGUCUCUUUUCAAAAGGACAAGCCUCCUGUCCUAAAUUCUGCCUUGAUAGGAGCAGGCAGUGAGUGGCCUAAGUAUUCCUUCCCUGCAGACCACACAGCUGACUUU